AUGGUUGGAAUAAUUACUCGAAGUUCCAAUCUCAAUUCGUUCUCCUCCAUCUGCUAUUGUUUUAUUGCAUUAGGCAUACAUGCCUAUUCAAGCUAUAAGGCUGUGAAAAGGUACAACGAGGCGGAUUCCAAAGCCUGGCCUGGUGGCCGUGGUACGCCCAGCGAGGUGCCUCUCAUGCUAGGAUCCACUGUAGUAUCCCUGCUAAUGCUGCCCUUCUUCUGCAUUACCUGCUUCAUCAAAGUCGGGAACUACGCCAACGAUGGAGUCAAGCUAGGACGCGAUCACGCCCUGGGUUAUUCUGUGGUAACAUCCGAGGAGGUGGCCACGACAAACGAGGCUGUGCGACGCCUGUGGAGGCAUUUCUGUCCCUUAUCGCAGACGGUACAUCUGAUAGCGGCGUUCCUUCUGCUGCUUCCGGAGACCUUGCUGACGUCGGUGGAAGUGAAGUUUGGAUACAGGUCCACAGGUAA